AUGGAGGAGCCAUCAGAGAUGUUCGAGCAAGUUCUGACGUUGGAAAUCCCUCAGACCAGCGAUGAUGAAGGGUGCUGUGAUGACUCAGGCCGCUGGUACUUGAGAUCCCAGCACGUGCAGAUGGAGGUCAGUGUGGGUUACAGGACCCUGUCGUGGGGUACAGCGGUGGAGUCCUUGGUUAAAGUCUCACAGCCAGAAAUGUUAGCAAAGGACCUGAAAAAGCUCUCGCUCGACCCCAGUGCCGAGAAGUCUCCAUCCUUUAAACCAGUACGUUAUCAUCGCCGCCGCCAUCGCCGCUCCCGUCCCCCAGUGAAGAAGAGGGUGGUGGAGAACAACAGUGAAAAAAUCUUGAGAGCGGUCCAAAGUGCCUUUCCCAAGAGAAGAGUCCGCACACUACUGUCUGUGCAGAAUGAUCCUGUAGCAAGGAUGAAAAGAUUUAUGCGGGAUGAAGAAAGUAAACCAUUCAGAUGCCUCUGCACUUUCUGCCUCUACCAAGGGUGGGAUCCUGCUGAGAAUGCCAAAAUAGGGCAAAAUUAG